GAAGGAGCGGAUGACGACGACCCGAAGAAUUCCUAUAAGAGCGCGCUUCCUCCCCACCUCCAAUCCGGUGCUGCUUCUUGCGAUCGGAUUGUUCUUCUCCUCCUUCCCUCGGCGAUCCGAUCGAUUCGGGGUUGCUGCAGGGGCAUUAGGUCUGCGUUCAUGGCCUCGAAGCGGAUCUUGAAGGAGCUCAAGGACCUCCAGAAGGAUCCUCCCACGUCCUGCAGCGCAGGUCCUGUGGCAGAAGACAUGUUUCACUGGCAAGCAACAAUAAUGGGUCCUCCGGAUAGUCCUUAUGCUGGGGGUGUCUUUCUUGUCACCAUCCACUUUCCUCCUGAUUAUCCAUUCAAACCACCUAAGGUAGCAUUCAGGACAAAGGUCUUCCAUCCAAAUAUUAACAGCAAUGGCAGCAUUUGUCUUGACAUCUUGAAGGAGCAGUGGAGUCCUGCGUUGACAAUCUCUAAGGUGUUGCUUUCCAUCUGUUCUCUUUUGACAGACCCAAACCCCGACGAUCCUUUGGUCCCAGAGAUUGCACACAUGUACAAGACUGAUCGGAACAAGUAUGAAGCUUCCGCGAGGAGCUGGACCCAGAAGUAUGCAAUGGGUUAGUCACGUAGCAGCUAGGAUCUGUUGGGGCUGUAUCCUCCCUUGGACAUGCUGUGAAUCAUGUCUCUGCUAUCUGUUACUUGUUUCAAGGAGUAGAAGAGUCCCAAUUGUGCUCUCUAUAAACAAGAAAAUUAAUCAAACAGAACUUGUCGCUGCA